UCUCAAAGCUCAUGUUCUGGACAAUGGAGGUCACAGCCUCAGGGACACCAAGUCUUCCUUCUGCCACUUCCUCACACAACUUCCGUGGAUGCCCGCCUACAAGUUAAGCCGGGACGAGGGUCGCUCUUGGUCCUACCUGCGUCCCAGCUCCGUUUAUCUCUAUUCUGAUGAAGUGUACCGUCUGUUAGGCACCCAUGUCAGUUAUGUGGACAUGACUCCCAGUGAAUUUUCCAGAACUAUAGGAAUGAGGAACAGUGUGCAGGUGAAGGACAUGGUUGACUAUCUGAAGCAAUGGUGCACUAAGGUCUCCGAUGAAAACCAAGCUGAGGCUGAGGGUGCCCACUUCACCACUACCAUUCAGCACAUCCACACAGUUUAUCAGUACCUUCAGAGCAGCUGUUCCCCAGGCCAGCUGACAAGCCUGUUUCAGCGGUCUCCUGCUGUAUUCAUCGAAUACGAGAGGAAGGAUGACUGGUGCUCUGGAAAAUUCUAUCAUCUCAAAGAAGUGUGCUGGAGUGAUCCUACUGGCAUGUUUGUGAGAUAUAAGGAGGCAAUCCGGAAAUCUGAUGGUGGUGUUCAGGAGCCCAGGGUCCUGGCUCCCUUUUACAGCCAUCUGCCAGACAUGAGGGAGCUCUUCAUGAUGAUCUUGAAAGUGGAGUCCCAUCCAUCUAUGAAACAGUAUGUGGAUCUUUUGGUGCUCGUCUGUGAGACAUCAGAACUUCCCACCGGAGAGGUUCUUCAAGAUGUCUCCAUCAUCUUUGCCAAGUUGGCCAACAAAUGUAAAAUCCGUGUGCAUGAUGAGCAAGAUCACACCGUUCAGCUUGACAAGUCCUACUGCACUUCUCUCAAAAAUAUGGUGACUGAUCAGAGAGUUUUCCCCACAAAAAACAGUGGCUGGGUGUCAUUGUCUCGUAAACCCAUGAUACCAGACAGCACAAACUUGGAGAAGAUCUUCAAAUCUCACCGUCAAGUUUGUCUCCUCAACCUGCCUCCAGCACAGAAGAAAACAGCUAAGAAGACCAAACAAGGUAAGACGCUGCAGAAUGACGAGAGGUUGACGUUCAGUGAGGAGGACAGAGACCUGUUUCUGAAGAUCUGUGGAGUUAAAAGACUCUCUGAGUGUGUCAUCGCUGAAGCUCUGACAGAGAACUACAGGCCUUGUCCAGCCAUGCAAACCUUCGUGCGAAACAUUGUGCCGUACGUUCAAAGGUUCAUCUAUCACAGUGAGAAACUUGAGGAAGUUUACAGUGAACUGAAGGAGAACAACAUAAGCCAGCAGAUAAAGAACUUGAAGUUUGGACAGGUGGGAAAACUGUACAUUAAUUAUCGGUUGGAUGUGCCGGACGGGGAUCCGAUCUUUGAGACCGAGGAUAUCAUUUGUCUUUUGAAAGACAAAAAGGAGCUCUAUGUCCAGAAAGAUAAUCUCUCAUCCAAGUUGGACAUCUGCAGAGAACUGGUAAAACUGUUCAGCUCUGAAAAUGACUUUGGGAAGGAGCUGGAACACUUUCUAGGAGGCCUCGCCGCCUCUAUUACUGAUAAAGCUGCUUUGAAGCGGUUCCUAGACAGGCAUGACAUUCACGAACUUCCAAGCGACGAGGAGGAAUGGGAAGUUCCGGAGCCAAUGGAAAUGAAACCUGAACCUACAGUGCCCUCUGCUGCUAAACUGGCUCGUGCUGUAGGUGCACAGGAGGAAGAGAGAAAGACAGAGGGGGAUGGAGAGAACACACUGGUGUGCUGGCCUCCCAAAUCCUCCUUUGGGAAAGUUGGAGCCGGCCAUACAGCUCAAGCAGUGGAGGCGGUGAUGAAGAUGUGGCCUCCCCCUGCACCUCCAAGCUCUGGCGAGGAGCAGAUCUCGCGGGGUGUGAGCGGCCAUGAUCGCCCAGGGGAGCCGCCAUUGCCAAGAGAAUCAGGACUGUCGCACCCUCAGGGAUUCAGGUCGAGUGGCAGCACCAACACCAGCUCCGCACACUCAGCCGCAUUACCCCAUGAAAAGGACCUUAAAGCGAUGCCUGUGGUCCAACCCACUGAUGUCUCUCACAUGAGCUCCAGCGGAGAAACAGAGGGUGACCAAACAGAACCCAAAGUGGACAGGCCUAGUAGCAACAGGACAGCCCCUCAUUCUUCUUCCGAAGACCAGCAUACACACCAGCCUUCUCAACAAAAUCAUAAACCAGCCGAACCACCAGAAGUGGUAUCCAGUCAGUUCCAAGGCAAUGGAAGUGCACUUCGACCUCCCAUGGCGCUGGAUAAUGCAGUGUGGACCAAAGCGACGGCGGUAGAGGCGGUUUUGGAGGACCUGACGCUGGAUUGCACACUGCCGGAGAUGGUGACGUUCUCAGAAGACAUUGGCGAUACUGUAGACAUUGGGGAGUGGGGGGAGAGAUUGGUGCAUUCAUUCCUUACCCACUGGAUGGAGAACGGAGGUCCCCAGGCUCCCAAGGAGAUCGUCUGGUAUAACCAGAACGGAGAGACCGGGCAGCCGUGUGACUUCAAGCUUACGUUCGCGGUAAGGAACGGAGAGAGCCAAGGUCACGAGGUCUUCGUGGAAGUGAAAACGACGGUGAAGCGCGAGAAACACUUCAUUCACCUCUCCGCCAACGAGCUAGACUUUGCCCUCAAGGAAAAAGAAAGGUAUCACAUAUACAGGGUGUACAGCGCCGGAGACUCACAGAACGUGCGACUGUGUCGCAUCAAAAACCUGGCUCAGCAUCUGCAUUCCAAGACACUGGAGUUGUUUUUAUUUGUUUAG